AUGACCCUUGUUAGUCCUACCCCGACCCCGAGUAGACUCUCAGUCACACUCUCGCUGUUUUCUCGUGGUCAAGUGCGCAGGCCAAACAACUCGACCGCAUCACCACCAUGGGCUAUGGAACACUAUUCCCGAAUCUACUUUCACCCUCUUCGUCACGUGCCCGGCCCAUUUUACGCCUCGAUCAGCUCGCUGUUCCUUUACAUAAUCUGCUACCUGGGCAUCGAGGGCCACGUUCUCCGAUCCCUACAUCUACGUUACGGUACCCCUGUACUUCGUGUGGGACCAAACAGUGUCUCGGUAUCCGACAGCGGUGCCCUCCAGGAGAUUUACGUUUCAGGUGGUGGAUUUCCGAAAGACUCUCGAUACACCAACUUCGAUCUUGGACCUGUCAAAUCUAUCUUCUCGUCGGUUGAUAGGGAGUAUCGCGACCAUCGUGCCAAAGCGGUUGCGCCGCUGUUCGCUCCCAGCCGCAUACGCUCUGCAUGCGCCCCGACAGAGGCUAUAGGGAAAGCAAUAACUCAAUUCGUUCAUAUUAUCCAACAGUUCAAGAAUGAAAGGAUAUCCUUCGACCUAGUGGAUGUCUGCGCGCGUCUUUCAAUUGACGUCGUGACAGCGUAUUUGCUGGACGAACCGUACGGCGGCUUAGCCGAAAUCGGGCACCUUCCCCCAAAAGCGCAAGCGAGGACAAAGCUCAGCGCCAACCCUUUCAUAUUCGCCAUUGUCGCAUUCUCCCGGUUCUCACUCUUUCCAAAAUGGCUUUUCUCACAACUUUACAAGCUGUCUGUGCGACUGAGCUUGACAGACGAAGCAAAGCAGUCUUUCCGCAAGCUCGAUAUCUUCGCAACUAAAGCUGUUACUCGCAUUACUAGUCAGAAAGACCCGAACAACGAAUACACCUAUCAAUCACGCCUUCUUGCAGCGGGAAUUUCUGUGUCUGAGACAACAGCGCAAUGUAAAGCUAUUACAUUCGCUGGAGCGGACUCCACCGCUGUAAUGCUCGCGACCAUCCUCUUCCACUUGAUUCGAAAUCCUUCCGCGCGUCGCACCCUUGUUACGGAGAUCGAGGAACACCAGAAAGAAUCUGCUGGAUCCUUUGACCCUGAAACUAUCCCGUAUCUUCGUGCAGUCGUCAAAGAAGGCCUCCGAUUGGGCAUGGCAAAUCCCACACGACUCACUCGCGUUGUUCCGAAAAAGACUGUGCUUGACGUCGGUGGAUACAGCCUGCCCGCAGGCACUGUGGUUGGGUGUGCUGCCUACACUCUCCAUCAUGAUCCGAUGGUUUUUUCAGAACCGUUUGAGUUCAGACCGGAGCGCUGGCUAGAAAGCGGACGUGAAGGAAGUCUUACAAGGCCAGAUAUGGAGAGGAAUAUGAUGCCGUUUGGGGUGGGACUGAGAGCUUGCAUUGGCAAGAAUUUGGCGCUGCGACAACUGUAUGAAACCGUCUCAGCAGUCCUACAGAUGAACGUUGGCGGAGGUCUGUUGGAGGGUGCGAAAGUGAGGCAAGAGCGAAUCGAAAUAAUUGAAUGGUUCAAUGGUGAGAUUAAAGGGCACUGUCUGGAUGUCGAUUGGGAAUGAAAGUUGGCGGGGGUUUAGUGUAUUCAGUAGGCACUAUGGC